AUGUGGCCCCCCGGCCUCCCGCGCCGCCGCCAGCCCGCCGAGCCCGAGGCCGGCCCUCCGAGCCCAUCGCGCUGCCCCGAGCGCCGCCGUGCCUGGCCGCCUCCCCACCGUCCGCUCCAGUCGCCGCCCACCUCCGGCGCCGGCGCACCGCCCGACCCGCGCCGGGAUCCACCGCCGCCGCCGCGAUCGCCCGCCUGCGCCGCCGUCCGGCCUCGCCUCCGCCGCCGUGGGCGCCGGAUCCGGCGAGGAGCGCCUCGGAUCCGGUCCCCGUCUUCCUCUCCGGCCAUCUCCCUCCUCUCCGUCUCCGGCCGGCGUCCUCCUCUUUUCCGGCGAGGAACCCCGGCGGUCCUCGAACCGCCAGAUCCAGAUCUGAAAACAAGGUUGACCCUCGAAAUUCCUCCAAGUCCCGAGAUUCUCACAUUAUGUUGCCCUGUUCAUCACAUCAUAUCUCCUUGCAUACUGCUCCGGUUCAUGCGCAUGAUGUAUCAAAAUGUUCAUCAGGAGAUGCUCUUCAUUUUGUGCCAUUGUGCCUUGUCUGUUUGA